UGAAACAAGUAAUCAGUCUAGUGCUAUUCGGAUUGUUUUGCGGCAACGCAGUCCUGACCAACGUUAACGGUCAGAACACAAUAGAAGGACCCUCCCAUUCUGGUCGUAUGGUCAAUGGCGUUGCAGUGAACAUUUCAAAUUAUAAGUAUGCACUGGGCUUGCUACUUGACGGCAAAUUAAGCUGUGGAGCUUCCAUCAUCACUUGUUCACAUGCCCUGACUGCUGCUCAUUGUGUGUAUAAUAUUGAGAACGGUCUAGGACGAAUAACUUUGCGUGGAGGAAGCACAUCUGCUUCUUCUGGUGGAGUUGAAUUUCCCAUUAUCAGCGGAGCUUGGCAUCCUAAUUACAAACCGACUUCUCAAUUGAAUGCAUCGGAUUACGAUGUAGCUGUCCUAACUGUCCCUGCAAAUUCCUUCGGUGGAAAGCCAAAUAUGGCCCCAUUAGCGCUGCAAACUAAAGAACUGCCGGUCGAUACAAGGUGCUUCGUGGUUGGAUGGGGCCAGACAGGUAUUAAGCAACCAACGUCUGUAAAUCAAUUGCUCUACGCCAACAUGAACAUUGUGUCACAGAGCAGUUGUGCUGCAACGUGGGCUAAUUACGGGACGCGGUGUGCAGGAUGCACGCAAUCUGUUACCUCCAACAUGGUUUGUACCCAGUACAAAAACGGUGAGGACACGUGCAAGGGUGACAGUGGCGGUGCAUUGGUGUGUGGAGGUAGAUUGACCGGAGUUGUGUCGUUUAGUCUUUUUUGUUCAGGUGAAUGGCCAUCAGUAUUUGCUAAGGUAACUGCACCUAGCAUUCGAAGCUUUAUUCGCGAAUACGCUGGCAUUUAGAUACUGGACAUGUUGCAAAGCAGUAAUAAACAGAUGUGUAAUCAUUUUG